UCACAAAGAUUAAGUUAAUUUGAACAAAAAAGACAAACGCUGGGUUUAAUGACGCAUAGGAAUUUAAAGUUAUUAAAUCUACUGUCAAUAUCAAAGAAUAAGAACUUUGUUCAUUGUUUGCCACUGAAAACCUGUAAACCAGUACACACAAGAACAGCAAAGUUAACAGGCUUGAUAUUGUGCUGUAAUCUGUGGACUACUUGUGCCAGCCUGUUGUCAGCACCCUUAGUCAGUAAUAAGUCUUUCUUCUUGGAACUAACAAGUCCAAACAGAUCAAUGUGCGCAGCGGUGAACUCACCCAGCCAUUGCAGCAACAAUCUGCAUGUGAAAUGCCGAAAUGAUACUUAUCCACGAUCCAAAGUGGUCAGAACCAAAGUGCCUGAUGACAAAGUUGAUUGGUCGGUUAAUUUCCCAGAAUAUGCUCCAGUUGUGUACACUUCUGACUCGGUGAAGAAAAAACCUGAGUGGGCAGAUGAUGACUACACUGAACCCAAUUUUUCAGCAAAGUGGAAUGAAGUUGAUGGCAAUGUAGACCGAAGAAGUUUUCUUGGCAAAUAUGAUUUGACCACGGAAGGCAUUCCAAUCAAUCCCAAAGGAAGGACAGGCAUAAAGGGCCGUGGAUGUCUUGGCAGAUGGGGUCCCAAUCAUGCUGCCGACCCCAUAGUUACAAGGUGGAAGAUGGAAGAUGACAAACCAGUUCUUAAAAAUGGGAAGCGUGUAGCACAGUUCAUAUCAGUACAGAGGAAAGAUAAUGGACAGUGGGCUCUGCCUGGGGGUAUGGUUGACCCAGGGGAGGAGGUGACUGAGACAGUGAGGCGAGAGUUUGGAGAGGAAGCGCUGGACUCGAUGAAUCUGUCAGGGGCUGAGAAAGAAAAGAUGGAGGCGGUGAUUGAUGAAUUUUUUCAUAAUGGGACAGUGAUUUACAAAGGCUAUGUGGAUGACCCUAGGAACACUGACAAUGCCUGGAUGGAAACAGUAGCCAUGAACUUCCAUGAUGAUAAAGGAACUGGUGUGGCUAAGUUCUCUCUAAAUGCAGGUUCUGAUGCCGUAGGAGUUCAGUGGCUGGACAUUUCCAAAACAUUGGAGCUUUAUGCCAGCCAUGCUGACUUUAUACGUAGAACUGCUCAACAUUUAGAUGCAUACUGGGAAUAAAGGAUCACACUGGAAUUUCUCAUUUGUUUUUUUUUGUUUUUUUUUUAGGUUUUAUGUCCAAAAUUGUUAAUAUGUGAAGCCUAAUUUUUUAGUUUAGUUUUUCAGUAAGUGCUAGUUACUUUAGAUAUGUAUCUGAAUUAAUUGAAAACAAUUUUGUUUUCUGGUAUGAUGCUUUAGACAUAGUAGAGUGUUCAGUUGUAAAAAAAAAAUAUUUUAAGUUUAUCUUUUUAUUUUCAUUUAUAUAAUUGUAUUAUUUUUCAAUUAUCUUUACAUUUUUGUGUUAAAAUAUUUAGUCCAAUUAAAAAUUAACAUAUAGAAUUAGUUUGGAAAUAUCUUGAUUUGCUCUUUAUUUGUUUUCAUGGCAUAAUGGCCACACUAAUCAUUUAUAUUUAGGAGGGUUUUGUUUUACAGGGUUGUGCUUGUUAGAAAUGAAGAGCUGUGAUUAUAGUGAAGAAAGACAUUUAUUUUGUUACUUUGUGGGAUUUGUACCUAAUGGUCUGUUUACAUGUUGUAGAAAAAACAAUGUAGCUAGUUGUGGGAUGUUUUGGUGUUUCUACUUUGAAAUAUGCAAUACCAGUAACAUCUGAAUUAUUCUGUCAUUUUUGUGUUUCUUUGUGGGGAAAAAAAAGUCCAUUUAUAUCAUAAUUAGCUUUCCUUCUAUGCAAACCUUAGAGAAUUUAUUGUAUACAUAGUGUACUCUUAACUUUGUUAGACGUCCAUUGAACUUGUUUUGUAUGCUUGGUAAAGUUGGCUACUAAAUUGCUCAACAAUCUAGGACAAGAAAAAAGAAAUGUAAAAGUGGAUCUGGUGAGAGGUUCAAAUCCAUUAUUUAUUUUCAGUGACCACUGUCUGGAGCCAUGUUGGUCCAGAGUAUUUGCAAGGUACAUUCUCCAUCAUCUAAAUGGUAUAACUAUUCAGUGCAUCAGUAGAGUGCUAAGCUAUUGGGCGAGUGAAGUGUUUAAUGUCUUAUAAAUCCAGCAUAAUAUUUGUACUUAGAUAUUCACAUGUGCUUUUUGUGUUGCAUUAUCCUAAAGUUUCAAACUUGGUGAUCAUUGUUAUUAUUUUUAUAUGUAGAAAACUGAAUAAUUUUUGGCCAAGUAAUGUCUUGAGUCCAUUGGCGUACCAAAGUUACCAGGGAAGCUAGGCCUGUUUGUGCUUCCCUCCUCCGCCAAAUAGCUGUAUGUAAUCCAAACUGGCCUAAGAACAGUCAGCAGUACAAGCAAUACAAUGCUUGCAUAUAAUGUGAACUAAGUGAAUGAAUGAAUGAACAAUCUAUAGUGACCAUGUAUGAUAUUUUAUGUAGUGUUUUUAUAGCUAUUUUUAUCUCUUCCCCCCCCAACACACACAAGACUCUACUUAAAUCUGUCACAAAAUUUUGUUGAGUAGUUUAUUGAAGUUUUGAGGGUGUCAAAAGAAAAAAACAUUCCAGUUCUUUAACUUUUAUGUAUACAAGGUCCUGAUUUCUAAAUGAUACGGUAAUAGUUAUGAGUUUCAACCUAAUAUUUGUGUUGUCUGUUGACAAUGUUUUUUCAUGUUUUCCAAGUAACUAGAUAUUGGUACUUUGUAAUUAGUCCAAUGUAAUGAAACCUCUUAGGGCAAACAAUACAAUUCUUGGCAUAACACUAAAGCUUGAAAAAAAAAAAGGUAGAUGUUUUUUUUUUUGUUUUUUUUUUCUUCUAUAGCAUGCAAAAUCAUAUCUUUGAUAUUAUUUGUUGUGUUGAUGUUGAAAAGGUGGGUGAGUUCAUGAAUUUCAUCGAUUUAUUCUCAAUGCUACUAACAUCACUUACUACAGCAUUCUGCUAGCUUUUAUUCAAAGUACAGAAAAAUUGUUUCACAUGUUUUGCAUGUUCCUUCAGAGUUAAAGAUAAUCUAAUCUACAUCCUAGCCCAAACCUCCCAUAGGAAGACAAGGGGAUGGCAGCGGCCAGGGUUCUAGUCCGGGACCUUCAAGACAGUGGGUUCCACAUGACCAGGCAGCCAAACUUGAAAACUUUUUUUGAAUCUAUUUGGACUUGGGGGAGAAACACAUGAGUACAUCUAACUUUCAAACGUUGACUAUAUUUUAUGUAACCCUUUUUAGAAAAGUUCCUCCCAUAGUCAUGUGUUAUUGAAUUCAUUCGCAGUGUUAUUCUAUAUUGUUUUAUUAUUGUGAUGCACAUAUAGUGCGCCACCAUUUUUCUUGUGAUACAAUAUUUGUAGUUGAUGAACACCAAUGUAAUUUUUGGAUACACUUACCCAUCACCCGAAGCACACACUUUACAGAACUUUUCCUCUUGACAUAUAUAUAUCUUUUUAAUUGUUAUUCAAAUAUUUCACUUUCUUUUUUAUGUUUUUUAGUUUAAAAAAAAUUUUUUAUUAAAAAAAAAAUAAAAAACAUAGCAA